GUUGUUUACAACAAAUGAUCCUUUGACAGCUGGUGCUGUCAUAGUGACAGCAGCGCGGAAUAAACAACGUGCUAUUUGUUGUUGUUUAUCGGCGUAUUCAUACAGUUUUACGCUUAGAAAGGUUUUGCUAUUUUAUUCCAUUUUAGUCCCCGUUUAAACAAUGUGCAGUGUUGCAGAGGAUGAUUUUGGUGACGAAGGAGGAGCGCACGGCAUGAAGGAAGACACACCCCAACCGGAACUAGCGACAAACGAGCUGUGUCGAAAGUGUAACACCGAGAUGGCCGUACUGAAGCUUAACUUGAAGGAGCCUCAGUGUCGAGUUUGCUUUUUGAACUACGUGCGACACAAGUUCCGUGCAUCUCUGGGCUCCACAAAAAUUGUACGGCGGGGUUCACGGGUGCUAGUUAUCUUUACCGGUUCAGCGGAAAACGUUGUCCUGCUCGAUAUGAUACGCUUCGGUUUGGAGCAAGAUUCGUUCAAGCAGCUACGAAUAGUGCCUAUCCUGCUGUACGUCGAUGAUGAUUUCGUUGAAAAAACAGAACAACUCAGAUUGCAGCAGUUAAAAAAGCGGAUAAAUGUUCUUAAGCAGUUCAGCAGCUUUCCAUCGUACUAUACCGUGUGCGGUUCUUCAAAGUACGUUGAAAUAACAUUCAACGAUGUAUUUGCUCCGUCCGGUUUUGAGCAAGAUGAAGCGCGGCUAUUGAAGGUGGUGGAAUCAGUCCGUUCGGUAUCAUCCAAACAGGAUCUCAUGGAGCAGGUGCACAAACAAACGUAUCGAACAAUCGCUAAAGCACUCAACUGCAACUACGUCUUCCUCUCGGACAUCGGGAUCGAUCUGGCAAAAACUCUUCUGUCCAAUGUGGCCCUGGGCCGCGGCUGUUCUCUUGCCGAAGAUGUGGCUUUCUGCGAUGAUCGUGACGAUGCGGGGAAGCUGAUACGGCCAAUACGUGAUCUAAACCCGGACGAAGUUAGCAAUUAUCUGCAGUUCAGUGAAGCACAGCUGCUUUAUCUUCCGCUCGUGAAACACUUCGAGGAUAAACCAAGUUUGCAAAACUUGACUUCAAAAUUCAUCGAUAACCUUCAGCGAAGCUUCCCCUCGACAGUUUCCACCGUUUUUCGUACUGGCGACAAGCUUGAUGUACCGAAAUCAGUCCAAAAGACAGCUUUAACUAAUGAUCAAGCGAAGGAUGGAACAGAUUUUCUUGUACUAUUCGAUAAGUCACUCGUGCUAGACGACAAGUUAGUGAGGGAAUGUUGUCGCUUUUGUGGCGCUGUUUUAGAUUAUAGAGGAUCGAAAACGCUAUUUGCCACCGAGUAUUCAAGGCUUGUUUCCUCGAGAAUUAAUGCCGCCUGUAGUCACGAGGAUAUUUUGCAAAAAUCAAAGCAAAUGGAGCUUGACGCGGAACGUGCGGUAAAUGGUGAGGAGAAUGAUGAACGGCGGGAACUAUUGAAGCAUCUUUGUCAUGGGUGUAGGAACAUAUUUGAAGAUUUAAAUUAAUAACCGUGAAUAAACAAUGAAGAUGUUGUUUUGUUUUAAAAUAAAAGAAUUUAUUAUUGCGCAA